CGUAGGGAGUUAAAAGCUUAGUGGUCGGUCUGUCGAAGAAAAUAUGGCAAAAAUAACCUAAAUUGAGCGAGUGAGUGCAGUGCUGUGCUGAAACACGCGAGCUAAUCCGUCUCGGAGCCGCCGCAAAAGUGCACCGGCGACCGCAAACACGAUUCCCGCCGCGAUCCGCCAUCUGAGUUUCGCGUGCUGCUGACCCGAGUUAGCUAGCCCAACAGCGAGCCAGCAACUUCUUCCUUAUUGCAAGCGCUGAUAACACCUAGGUCAGCUAAGAAGUCAAGCUCUAAGGCAAGUAUCCAGACAAGCAAUCGCUUGCAACAGGAAAAGCGACCACCUACACGGCAGUGCAACCAGCGAUCGUGAACAUAGCAUCAAAGCAAAGGGCUUAAUUUGACUCUGCGUUCUGCAUGGUCGCUUCGUGCCUGUUGCCUCAUGAGCGCAUUGUCUUGGAUUAAUCUCCGCAAUAUUGACCAGGUAGCAAUUUGUGUUACCAACCACAAUCAACUCAGGGCUCGAAAUUCGCUCGUGGCUCUCAUCUGCCUGUUAUCUUGAGCGUUUGUUCGCCUUUCCGCUAGCCAACCGCACAGGCCGUGCUGCGUUACAGCGAGUACGAGUCAGAGUCUACGGAAAAAUCCUACCACGAAAGUUUCUUUGCUCUGCUCGAGAAUCUCGGGGCAGGGCAAAUUUUCGUUGCUUCCAGCAGCCAUCUGCUACUAACUACUAACCGCAGAUCAACGAUAGGCCGUCGGAGCUGCGUGCGUGUGUGUGCUGUUGUUCGAAUGUUACGUUCAAGUACCAAUCUACGGAUUACUCGACUACCAGCUAGGGAAGGACCUCUAGUGUUGGAGCAUUGUAGCCAUUGCGCAUCGUACGAUCACUGUGUGAAAACCUAACAACAUCAGUAAUAAUAGCUGCGUGAAACAUCUGUAUGUCAACUAACGAAAGCGGUUCCCGACGAAACGAAUGAAUCUAGACAGCUUCAUGUUGGUUGACUUCGACCGGAGCGGCCAGCACAAUUACGAAUUGUUCGAUAUUGUACUAUCUAUGAUAGAUACAUCAGCGGAUCUAUUUGUCUGUCCGUUUGUCUAAGUUAUCUGCACGCUUCUACUAGACACAUUAGCAAUGCGGGUGAUUCGUAGGGAGAAAGAGAUGGAUAGAGAAUUGCUUUACCAUCAACGAAACGUAACGCCAACCAAGACCAGAUUGUCUGAAAAGUAUUACGCAGUAUAUUGCUUUUUUGGCUAGCUGCCGCGCGAUAACAACGGCAACAACACCGCUACUGAAGAGCAGCGUCAAAGAACAUAACCAAUUCACCCAGCAAUCUGUAUAUCUGUCUGCUUUAGCCAGAUUCAAGCCAGCUGCUGCAAUACGACGCACGCACACGCUACUCCACGUAUUACUACCCCACCACUGUCCAUGUCGCCCGCGACGUUCGGAUCAGCAAUGCAGACGCCACUCAAUCGUAACCAAUUCAUCUGUAUUCAGUACACAGUCAGGACGAGACUGACAAAAGGACAUCUUGCCGAACUAAACUAGAAUUUGACACUCGCCGACCACUAGUUCGAGCUCUCUACUUCGCUGCUCUCUUAUUAUUCUAUAAUAGUCCAAUACUCUCCAUAAACACACACAAACCUACCAUACAACUGUUACAGCCUGCGCUUAGAAAAAUACUAAUACAGUUAUAGUUGUUGAUCUAAACGCAGAUUAACAGCCGCAGACAAUUAUAUAUAUACAUAUAUAGAUAUCAAUAUAUAUAUACAAGCUGCUAAACGAACGUGUCCUUCACGAGCACAGGUAAGCAGACAGACCCGUCUAGACGAGCUGUCGAAGCAAACUGUGCAGGACAAAGAACGCAACAUCUAUUUAGCUUUUAGUACAACGCUGGCUGCUAGUGAACACUGCCCACGGCAGAAAAACAAGGCAAAGAAAUAAAAACGUAGUGACGUUGGAAAACUCUUGAACCACUAAUUGUAGUGUCUAAUCCGAAGCAACGCCUGCAUCUUUUCUACGAAGAGAACACCCCUUAAGCUAAGUCAGCAAGCGAGGGUAGAAAACUUCGUCUCGACCCAUUUGUAAACAUCAGACCAACAUAAGGAUCGCAACAGGAUAAAAAAAAUCAUAAGACAAAAUCAUAUCAACUCCGAUAAUAGCAAAAACCUACUUGCGUACCAAACCAAAUCUCAAUCGCUAUCAGCAACACAGUAUCUCUAUUUAGCAUCUUCAACCAACCUAUGUUCUUCAACCCAACCCAACCCACAUCAGAUCUAUCCUUCCUGUUCUUCAUCUUCAACUACCAGUAAACUAAUAUUUUGACACUUACAAUUUCCUUUUCUCAACUUCCGAUAAACACGCUUGUUGACUUCUCGCAAGCAUUCGACUGCCUAAAGGAAAAAUCCAAAUCAGUAACAUCUUCGUCAUCAUCUGAAACAACGAAACCAUCAUCCCUAAAUCAAUCAAAGAAGUACCAGUCGACGCAAUCCUUCGACCGCCUUUGCACUACUUUGCACUACUGUUCACCUAAUCCUAUUUAAUCUACUGCUACUUCCGAAACAAUCUUCUAUCUACCUUCCGAGUUACGUCGUCGUCUACCACUAAUUUCCCUCCACUCCCACCCCACCGAGGUUCAAAUCGUUACAAAGUUAUCGAGGAAAGAGCAGACUAGGGUCAUCUACUCACUUCAGUAAUGAGUGAGUCGGUAAGCGAUUCAGCCCUAGCGGGCAACAGCUCGACCCCUGCAGCCGUCGUCGUCGUAAACGAUGCCAAAGAUGCGACAAAGGAAGAGACGACCGAGGCUGCACCCGCCGUUGAUGCUGGCGGUGGAGCGGGCGAAGUCUUUCAGGAUAUGCUCGAGCAAGCUUCGGAAGUCAGCCACGUACCAACGUGGGGCGUCGUAGGGAUCUUGCUCUUGAUCGUCGUAGUGACAAUUGGAAUAGCCGUCUUAUGUCUGCGUCGUUGGUGGAACAAACGCAGAAGGAAGGGCGAUAAGAAAGGCUUUAAAGGAGCUGUCGAUCUCAAAGGAAUUCAGCCUGAUGGUGAAGAACUCGUUGAUAACAUGGAAGAGAACGAAACCGGCGGGGAAGAAGCUAAAGAGGAACAGAAACUUGGCCGGCUUCAGUUCAAACUAGACUACGACUUCAACUCGAACAACUUGGCUGUUACCGUUAUUCAGGCGGAGGAACUGCCGGGCCUCGAUCUUUCCGGAACCUCUGAUCCUUAUGUCAAGGUAUACCUUCUACCUGAUAAGAAAAAAAAGUUUGAAACAAAAGUUCAUCGCAAAACGCUGAAUCCCGUCUUUAAUGAAACCUUCAAUUUCAAGGUACCAUACGCUGAGAUCACGACGAAAACUCUGGUGUUCGCGAUCUUCGAUUUUGACCGCUUUAGCAAACACGAUCAGAUAGGCGAAGUGAAGAUUCCCAUGAAUACCAUCGAUCUGGCACAAACCAUCGAGGAGUGGCGGGACCUAACGAGUGUUGACAAUGACAAGGAAGUGCUUGGCGACAUCUGUUUCUCGCUACGUUAUGUGCCCACAGCGGGCAAGCUUACCGUAGUCAUCUUGGAAGCUAAAAAUCUCAAAAAGAUGGACGUCGGGGGUCUAUCCGACCCAUACGUUAAAAUCGUGCUAAUGAUGAACGGGAAACGAUUGAAGAAAAAGAAGACCAGUAUUAAGAAAUGUACACUCAACCCGUACUACAACGAGUCCUUCGCAUUCGAAGUGCCCUUCGAACAAAUUCAGAAGGUUCAACUCAUGGUAACCGUGGUCGAUUACGACCGAAUCGGUACAUCGGACCCCAUUGGCAAGGUGAUGCUGGGAUGCAACGCUACAGGCACUGAACUGCGUCACUGGAUGGACAUGCUGGCAUCUCCUCGGCGGCCUAUCGCUCAGUGGCAUUGCCUCAAGGAUCCUGAGGAGUGCAAAGAGGAGAAAUAAAAGUCUUCCUCGAACCAACAACAAUUGUAGUAUCCUACUACAGGAUCCAAAUAUGUCCCGAGGUUUCAAAACCCACUCCAAUCGACAAGUGGAGAAACUGUAAUACUUGGUAACUUAGAAAAAAAAAAAGAUGGCGAUUCAACUAUCCACAGCGAUGCCGUGGAUAGCACAAUGUUUCAUAAUGGCAUAAACAAACAAGACUGGCGACAGCAAGAAAACAUCGCGUUGCAGCAA